AGGGUGGGGGGGGGGGUGAGUUUUUGUCAUAGAAAUAUGUACAAUCUGUUCCAUCCCCAUGUACACAUCAAGGGUGUCCAAACUGCGACCUGGGCACCAUUUGUGGCAUAUGGCUGUUUUUUUAUUGGCCUGCAGCACAUUCAUUAAAAAAAAAAUUCACAUUUUUUUUUUUUUUUUACUAAAAUAAACUUAACUAAACUUAACUAAAAUAAACUCUUAACAUCAGGAAAAAUAACAUUUUAGUGGUAUAAACUUGAGCUAUUAAAAAAAAGUCCAUAAUAUGAAAAAAAAAAACAUCUUUGGAAAGAACUGGUUGGGGGAAAAAGUUACAAUAUUAAGGGAAUAAAGUACAAAUAUUCAGAGAUGAGAAUUUACAAGACGGAAGUUGUAAAAUAAAAAAAAAACUGUUUGAAUCUUUAUAAAAUAUAGUCAAAAAUAUUAAGCAAAAGGACAAAAAAAUGCAAUUUUGUAAAAAAAAAAAUAAAAUACAUUUGUAACAUGAGGAAAUGUCAUUUUCAUAGUAAAGUUGAAAUAUAUUUUUUAAAGUAGUAAUAUAUGGAUAUAAAGUCAUAAUAUUUAGACAAUAAAGUUGUCGUCCAUCAAAAAUAAUGUAACAAAAAAAAUAUUUAGUGGUAUAAAUUUGAAAUAUUACACAAAAAACUACUUAAAAAGUCAGAAUAUGAGAAAGAAAAUGGGAAAAAUUAGGUUGGGGGGGGAGUUUAAUAAAAUAUUAUGUGAAUAAAUAUUAAAAAUAAUAAUAAAAAAAAGAAUAAAUAAAAAAAAAAUAAAGUUGUCAUUUAAAUGACAUUACACAGUAAUAUCAUUUGAAUAAAGUCAUAGUUUUAUGAAAAAAGGGGGGGUCUUUUCCACUUAAAGCACAAUAUAUGUAACUUCUUAUAUUGCUUUAUAAACUAUGACAUUGUCCCUCGCAUGCGUCCAUAUUCCGUCCGGGUAACAGCGCCAUCUAGUGGAGAUCCUGGGAACUGCAACCGCCUCGGCCUCCCCGACACAUGGCCACGCAGCUGCUGACAUUAUCCGUUACACGGAACACACGAUAGGCUUUGGUGUCAGCGGGAAUGGCACGCAGACUAUGCGUGCCAUUCCGUGUCAGGCCCGGGUUUCGCUGUCACGUACGGGAGAACAUGUGGAGAUCUUUAGGAAUAAUGCCACAAUAGAACAGCCGGGGGGGGGGGGCUUCAGGUGUAGUUGACGCGUCACCGAGGAGGAUCCACGGACGCGUUUGGGUCGAGUCGUGGCAGGCUGCGCAAGAGCCCCUUCAUUGCUCUCCAGUGACAAGCGGGGGCCUCUUUUUACACCUUCUUUCUAAAUAAGGAAGCGGCCUGACAGACAUAUGACCACCCGCCCAAUUUGGGAGCAGCCCGAGCGCGACCCUCCCCCCGCCUCUUCCACGGAAGCCUCCGCGCAGAGCUAGUGCUCCCCGGCCGCCGUGGAUGCGAGGAUGCCGGGCCCGGCCCGAGAGGCUUUCUUCCCGCUGCCGCCGCCGCCGCCGCCACCGCCGCACGCCGGGGGAUUUGUUCCAGGUCUUCUCGGGGAGGGAGCGAGUGCGUGCGCGAGGGGAGAGAGAGAGGCGCGGAGGAGCCGCAAAACAUGGUAAUCGCCAGCAGCAGCAGCAGCAGCAGCACCAUCACCAGCAGCAGCACCAUCACCUCCGGGGUCUCCUCUCCUCCUCCUCCGCAGCGGGGCUUGCGUUUCAUGCCCCGCACGGCCCUGGUCCGCGCUCCAGAAAUAACCCUGAGCCGGCAUGCCGACGGGAGAAAAACAAGAAGAGCGGUAUUUUUAGCCUCAUUAAUUUGCACCACGUGGUCUGAAGGUAAACCGGAUGGCCGGAGCUCGCAGGCUCCUCGUCAGUAUGUCCCAGCGGACGCUGACCGCGGCGGCGGUUCUCUUGUGCGGCCUGCUGCUGGGCUGGGUGUCGGCGCACCCGCCGCUGCCGGGCGGCCGGACGAACGCCACCCUGCUGCUGGAGAAGCGCUGGGAGACGCUCUUCUCCCGCUCCGUGCUCGGGAUCUCCGGGGAGAAGCCGGAGCUCAACUGGGAGAGCGACUACCUGCUGGGCAUCAAGAGGGUGCGGAGGCUCUACUGCAACGUGGGCAUCGGCUUCCACCUCCGGAUCCUCCCGGAUGGAAGGAUCGACGGCGUGCACCACGAGAACCAGUACAGUCUGAUCGAGAUCUCCACGGUGGAGAGAGGAGUGGUGAGCCUCUAUGGAGUCAAGAGUGACUUGUACGUCGCCAUGAACAGACGCGGGAGGUUAUACGGGACGACGGUUUUCCACGACGAAUGCAAGUUCCAGGAGCGUCUCCUCCCCAACAACUACAACGCCUACGAAUCGCUGGCGUACCGAGGCUCCUUCGUGGCGCUCAGCAAGCACGGCCGCGUGAAACGGGGCAACAAGGCCACCACGGCCAUGACUGUGACGCACUUCCUGCCCCGGAUCUGACUCCGAGCAAAGACAAGGCAAUAACACACACGUAUUUGCACAUGCGGAUUCUUUUCCCAGGUAACGGCACCGUAGUAUCCAUACUGUACAUCCAAAACCCAAACGCAACGGACUGUCAUAGAAAGAAUAUGUAGUAUUUAUUCAGACUUGAUAUGUAUAUUUGGGUAGAUGACUUUGUAGUAGAAAUAUUCUAAUGCCUUCUUUUGCUGCUUUUGGUUGGGAUCGACACCAUUUUGGGAUUGGGAUGGAAAGAGUUUGGACUUUUUGGGUGCUCGCCCCGUCGGUUUGUGAUAGUUUUAUUACCUCAAAGCACCGCGAUCCCGAGGUGACGAAAUCGAAAAAUAUACGUACAUGCAUGAAUAUAAAAAAAACAAACGUUUUUGUCGUGCACCGAUCUCCGCUUCUUGGAGUUCGCUUCUCUGACAGGGCAAAUAUGGCGGCGGUUGACGGCUUGCUUUGUCAUGAGGUAGCGGUGCCUUGAAUUCCUAUUUCGCCCCCCCGGCCCCCGGCCCCCGGCCCCGUGCAUGCAAGAAACGUUGGUGCUCGAGUCAGAAAUAGGAACGAAAGUCAUCACUCUUUUUUCUGGAAGUUUUUUCUUAUUCCUUUUUGACAAAAUGUCCUUUAUUUUCCCUCUUUUCCUUAUCUUUUAGAAAUAUUUCCUUAAUUUUCUGGAAAAUGUAUCUUAUUUUCCCGAAUUUUUCCUUAUUUUUCUAGAAAAUGUGCGUUAUUUUCCCCUCAUGUUCCUUAUUUUCCAGAAAAUUUUCUAGAAAAUUUAGUUUUAUUUUCCCCUAAAUUACCAUUAUUUCUGACAAAUCUGGCUUAUUUUCCCAAUUUUUUCUUUAUUUUCUAAAAAAUGUAUUUUAUUAUUCCCUCACUCCCCCCUGUUUUCUAAGAAAUCCUUAUUUUUCAAAAUUUUC